CUCAAAAUUUCCAAAAAUUUAGUGUGAGGUGUCAAAAUGUACGUUAUUAAACCUCCUAAAAACGUUUCUGUAGUCAUUUUUUACAAAAUAAUUGAAAGAUGCCCCAGAGAGUGCAGGAUAUAAAAUUUGAACAUUUUUUCAAAAAUAUGGUACAGAGUAUCAAAAAAAAAAUAUGCCUACUUAUUUUUAAAAUCGGAACAUAUUUCUGUAGCCUUACAAUGUACCUAGUCAAAUUGUGAAAAUGAAGAACAGACCUCCAAGUUCCAAAAAUCGAUCAAUCAAACCAUAAAAUGGUUUUAUUUGAUUUUUGAUGUCUUAUGAUCAGGGCUCGGAUAUUCUUUCUCUAAAAAACCCAAAAUAUACGUUUAAAUAUUCCCUAAAAAAUGCCAAAAUAUGCUCAAAAAAGUAAAAAUAUUCCCCAACGAUAUGGGCAUUGUUGUACAGGAAAAAUCAAUUUACAUACAAUUUUAGUAAUAUUGUUGGGUAAUAGGUACCAAGAAUUCACGAACAAAAAUGCAAAACAAAGCGUUUUAAAAUCACGAAAAAGUAAUUCUAAUUCCAUUAUUAAAGGAAUAAAAAAUUGACAAAAAAAAUAAGUAGGUACGAGUGAGCUAUUGCCAGUUUGACAAAUUUUGCGGGGAUAAAAUGAAAAACAGCCAAAUACUAAUUUGAUGCAAAAAUUUGAAAUUGAGCAAAAUAUUCCCUAAAAACCACUAAAAAACGUAAAAUAUGCUCUAAAAACGCCAAAUAUUCUCUAAAAAAUGUCAAAAUAUGCUUUUAUAUGCUUUUAUGGUGAAAUAUGCCAAAAUAUGCUCUAACGAAUUAGGCUCAUUUUACUUGAAAUUUCAUGAAUCGUGGAGAUAAUUGAAAAAUUCCCUAUCCCCUAUGCAUACAAAAAAUAUGCACCAGCAUAAAAAUCCGAGCCCUGCUUAUGAUCGAUAAUGUUUGAAAUGAAAAAUCAAUUUCAGCCACAAACAUAGACUUUCUGAUCAAAAAUUGAUCAUGCUCGAAAAUCAACCAAUCGAACUCAAAAUAUCAAUUUCAUUUUCGAUUUUCGAUUAAAUACCUACGUUGAAUCAUGUUCGUAACAAAUGAUCAAUUCUUAUUGCCCCUAAAAGAAACUUUCAGAUCAAAAAUUGAUCAUGAUCAAUUAUAUUCGAACUGAAAAAUCAUUUUCAGCUAUGAAAACAGACUCACUGAUCAAAAAAUGAGCAUAAUCAAAAUUCGACCGAUCAAACCUUGAAAAUCGAUUAAUUCUGAUUAUAGAUUAGGCUACAUAAUAUGUGUGAUCAAUUUAUCAAUCAUGCUUUAUUUGUUUUGAGACGUUUCAUUUCAUCUAGAAUCCGAUUCUUACGAUUUUCAUGCGAUUCUUUUUUGCAAUUCAAAUUGCCCCAUCUCUGAUCCAAAGUUUCUCAAAAUGAUGAAAUCCAAUGGAGAGAAUUUUUAGCAAAAAAAUGAUCAUUGAAUGAUUAUUUUGAACAUUUGAAAAAGCUGAAUGAAAUUUUCAAUAUCACUGUAGAUACCUAAAUACUUGUGUUUUCAAUAAAUGCCACUGAAAAUUGUUGACGUGCGCAUGGUUAAUCAAUUAUUUUGUAAAAUUAUCUAGCGGUUACUUCCGUUUUAUACGCCUAAUAUUUUUAAUUGUUCAAACAAGGAUACAAGGAAGAAUUAUUGAAAUGAAAUGUCAAAAUCGAUGACGGACCUAAUUACGCCCUUUUUCAAAGGCUACCUAUAUUUAAUGGGUUAAUUAAAAUUAUAACGUGUAUUUUGUCUAACUUAAUGAUUAGGUAUAUCGUUACCUUAUGUAAAACAGCUAGCUCCAUUUUUUCACAAAAAUGAGUUAUGAACACGAUCUGAAAAGUGAAGACUUCGUAAACAACUUCCGACCAUGAAAACUACGUUUGGCGAAUACAUUGGUGUACUAUCUGCGUUUGAAAUCAGGAAAAUGAUCUAAUUCCACUAAAGGAUAACGCAUUUGGUAUUGAGCUACUCGUACCUAUGUGAAAGUGUUUCAUUUUAGCUAACUACACUCAAAGUGGCUUAAAAUGUGUCAAGUGAUAAAAAUUUUUACCAACUUUUGUUUUUAUUUUAAUAAAUAACCUUAACUAUUCAACACCCAUCAAUAGUUGAUAACGCAGUUUUUCGCAUUUGCCGAACAAUUUGUAAAAAUGGAAUUAGCUACUGAAGUUCUAGAGCAGUUUCCAGCGAGCACAAUGCCACUUCUGUGGAAAGAAUUGAAAAAAAUAAUCAGACAGGUACGAGGUAAAGAGAAUAUGUUCGGUUACAAGACUACAACGGCCAAUCAGCUCUAUCUGUUGUACUGUUUCACUGGCGAAAUAUACUCCAGCGAUAAAAUCCAUCGACAAGUAAAAUAUUUUUGGUUUAUUCCACUCACGUUUGAAAUUUCAGUGUGCUAUUUUGCAGUGAUCACUAAUUUAUGGUACGGCACCAAGAAAGAUCUGAUGAUGAUGUUUGACAUGAUGAAUUUACUAGGAGUUUGUAAUAUGUCUGUUUUUAUUCUUCCUUUGAUUUCGUAUUGGUUUUGCGAAGAUAUAAAAGCUAUGAUAGCAGGGGUUGAUGAAAUUUGUGCAUUACGAGUAAGACCAAACUCACACGAGUACAAUAAGAAACGAAAAAAAGGCAUUAUAAACGUAAAAAAAAUCAUCUUAGCAAACGCGAGUAUUUUUUUUACAAGUUUUGUCGCAAGUUUUAUGCACUUACUCGAAGCUUGGAUGUUUUUCGAUGAGUGUAAAAUGGACAAUCGUUUUUAUUACACUUUAUCCGUGCCUUUAGCUGAACGUUAUAGAAAUCAGGCAAAUUUUUUCCUUUUCAACGGUUUGACGAAUUUAGUUAUGGUGCAAUUAUUCUGUCGAUGUUUUUCAACAUUCUCUUUCAUGUUGUACUGGAGUAUGACGUGUCAUAAUGAAUUUAUUCGGGCUGCUGAUGAGAUGAAUAUUGUUCUAAACAAUUCUAACGCUUGUGUCGACCAGGAAGAUAAUCCUAAAGAGGUUUGGAAUCGAAGACUACUUCAAUUGUUGAUACUUUACGUCCAACGAUUACAGAAAAUCACAAGGAUAAUCGAUCAUUUCAGAGGAUUUCAUCAAGUAAUCUGCUCUAUUAUGAUACCCACAUCUUUUUUUGUUGUAGUAGCUCAACUUCAUGUCGCCUUAACAGGAAAUUUACCAAUUGUUUUGAUAUUAAAGACAAUGGCCACAUGCCUAGCCACUGUUUGGGCGAUAUUUCUAUUUUAUUGGUCCGCACAGAUAUUGGAAAAUUCUGCAUCCGUGCUAUCAUUGGCUGUCUAUUCUACUCCUUGGUACAGAUCUGUUAAACUCCGAAAAACUAUAUACAUAUUUUUAUGUCAAACUCAAAGUAUCAAGAAUUUAAGAAUAAUCAAUGUGUUUUCGUUGCUGAUGCAAAAUUUCUCGAGAUAUUUGCAUGGAAUUUUGUCCUUUACAAACGCUCUUCGAACACUGACACAAAAAUGACUUCACAAAGCUGAAUAGAUCAAUUCAUUUGGUCAAAUAUGACGUAUUUAUACGCGAAUAGUUGACAAUUUAUAAUUGGAAACUCGAUUUUAAGGGUAAAAAUUAUCUGAUUAGAGGUGAUUUAAGCAUUUUUAUUGUUAUAGUUGAAGAAAAAAUAAAAUGUUUAAGUACAUUGUAA